UCCGUUCGCUUACAGAGUUAUAGACGAUAGCUUGCAACCAUAAAAAACAAACAGACGUUAGCUUAGCUUGUUAGCAGGGUGAGGUGUCAGCGAACAAAUCGAACUACAUUCAAACCAGAGUACAAAACACGUCGAAAAAGACUUUUGGAAACAGAGAAGAUGGACCAUAAACUACAGGAAGUAUUUUUAAAAACCGAAGAGACGCAGCAGAGAACAGGACUUGAACAACAGAAGUGGAGCUUCUUUCAGAACCAAGUUGAUUCACACAUUAAAAAGGAACAGGAGGAACUUUGGAGCAGUCAGCAGCAUCAUGGGUUGGCUGAGGAUCAUGUUUCACAGAUUCAAUUCACUUCACUCGCUCUGAAGAGUAAAAAUAAAGAUGAACCUCAGUCUUUGCAGUGCCACCAAAGCCAAGCAGAUGAGAAGAGAGAGACAAAACCUCGAGGCAGCAUCUUGGUGAAAACAGGCAAAGAUGAAGGACAGAUGAAAACAGGAUCUGAUGAAAAGGACUGUGGAGGACUGAAUCCAGCCCACAGCAUCAAUCAAGAUAAUCAUUUACUACAAACUGACUCAUACAUCUCUUAUCCAUGUUUGAAUGAAGAUGACAAUGAGAGUGUUGACAGCGACUUUUGGAAGGAGACCAGAGAACGCCAGCCAGAUACGCAGCAGUUGUUCGUGACAAAAGAUACAGGUCCCUCAGAACAGCACAGAUGGAACUCCACUUUGGACUCAGACAACCCACAACUCCCUCAUAUUAAACAAGAACAGGAAGAACUCUGGAUCGGUCAGGAACGAGAGCAUGAACAAAGACUCAAACAGGCUGAUAUCACCAAGAACCUACGGACAUCUGGCUCUGUGAAGAGUGAGCAUUAUGAAGUGAAUCUUCAGUCCUCACAGUGUUGUCAGGCCCAAAGUGAAGAGAGAACACAUGCAAAAUGUCCAGACAGCAGUUCUGCUGAACUAUUGAAAAAGGAAGCUGAUGGAGACACCUGUGCAGACUCUCAAUCAGUCAGCGACUUUAGUCCAGAUAAUCACUUCCAAACAAAGGCUAAUGAUAAAGAAACCGCCAUCUACAAAUAUGUGACAGAAGACAGUAACGACAGUGUUGACAGUGAUUUUUGGAAGGAGAACAGAGCACGCCAGUCAUAUUCCGCUGAUAAAUGUAAUGUUGAUGAGAAACCAUUUAGCUGCUCCAAGUGUGGUAAAAGAUUUGUCUAUAAGCAUCAUCUGAGGAAACACAUGAGAGUAACAAAAGAGAAACCAUUCAGUUGCUCUGAGUGCAGUCAAAGUUUUGGAUACAAGAACAGCUUAAUGGCCCACAUGAAAAUACACGCAGGAGUAAAGUUAUUUAGUUGCUCUGAGUGUGGUAAAAGAUUUGUCUUCAAAAACAGUCUGAAGAUGCACCUGAGAAUUCACACAGGAGACAAACCGUUCAGCUGCUCGCAGUGUCAUAAAAGGUUUAUCUACCAGAACCAUCUAAAGAUACACAUGAGAGUUCAUACAGGGGAAAAACCGUUUAGUUGUUCCCAGUGUGGUCACAGAUUUGGCUACAGAAACAAUUUAAUGGAUCACAUGAGAAUUCACACAGGAGAAAAACCAUUCAGCUGUUCUCUGUGUGGUCAAAAAUUUAGCUGUAAAAAUGAUAUGAAGAGACAUGCAAGAAUUCACACAGGAGAAAAACCAUUUAGUUGCUCCAUCUGUGCCAAAAAAUUCACUCAGAGAUCAAACUUAACGAAACACAUGAGAGGUCAUACAGGCGAGAAGCAAUUUGGCUGCUCUGAAUGUGGUAAAAGAUUUAUUCAAAGAUCACAGUUAACCACACACAUGAGAAUUCACACAGGAGAAAAACCAUAUAUGUGCACUAACUGUGGGAAGACAUUUGGUGACAAGAGCUCUCUCAAUAGACAUGUCAGAAUUCAUACAGGGGAGAAAAGCUUUCGGUGCUCAUUUUGUGGUAAAGGAUUUACACAAUCUGUGCAUCUGGCACAACAUGUAAGGGUCCACACAAGAGAAAAACGUUUCAGUUGUGAUGUUUGCAACAGCAAGUUUAUUUCAAAAGCAUCCCUCACACGCCAUGUAUGUACUGGUAUGUCCACAGAGCACCAUCAAGAUCAAAACAAAAUGAACAGAGAAGCAAAGCCACAAGGCAGGAGCUCACCUUGAAAAUGUAAGCUGAUGUGGGCUGGAGCAUCAAACAGAUUCACAAACUUUGGUCCAGAUAGGUUUUUUUUUUUUUUUUUUUA